AUUGGCGAUACAUGUGCUGCUUACAUUGUCGCCAUUAUGCAGCAGCAGCCACAUGCUUAUUAUUACUGCUUAUAUAUCCCAUUAUCGACGGUAUCAUUAACUAACUACAUCAAGUUACCCAAUACUGAUGAUUUCCUCAACUCGACGACUGAGGAUAGUAAACAUCAGCAACAGCAGCAACAAGAGCAGGAGCAGCAACAGCAGGAGUACAUUCGAAGUACUCGCUUAGCUACUACUACUACCACUACCUUACGUUCCAUGCCCUUCUCUUGAUCCAUGAACGAUAUCAUUAUUAUUCUUCCCUUACUCACCAUCAACAGCAAUAACUCCCUUAUACUACGGGUUGUUAUCAACUUACAAAGGUUCAUCCAAUCUAACCAAGUCAAGUUAUUAUUGUUGGAGUCACUACUUUUUAUCAUGGUAAUGGCCAAGUCCUCUGAGGCUUCUAUCGGACGUAUUCAUAAGGUCGCCGGUCCUUUGGUCGUGGCUGAUAACAUGUCCGGUUCUAAGAUGUACGAAGUGGUUCGUGUUGGUUGGGAGAAUCUUGUCGGAGAGAUUAUCAAGAUUGAGGGAGAUACUGCCUCAAUUCAGGUUUAUGAAGAUACUGCUGGUUUAACUGUUGGUGAUCCGGUUAUCAAGACUGGUAAACCUCUUGCUCUUGAGCUAGGACCUGGUAUUCUUAAUAAUAUCUUUGAUGGUAUUCAACGUCCUCUAGAGCGUAUUCGUGAUUUAUCCAAAUCAUUGUUCAUUCCUCGUGGUGUCGAUGUUGCUGCUCUUGAUGGCGAUAAACUCUAUGAGUUUAAACCAGCUGCUAACGUACGUGUUGGUGAUAUCGUAACUGGUGGUGAUAUUAUUGGUUUUGUUAUUGAGAAUGGUUUAUUCAGUAACCAUAAGGUUAUGGUACCUCCUGGAAAUCAAGGACGUGUACAAUGGAUUGCCCCUAAUG